AUGACCAAAGCUCAAAUAGCUCACUCUCUUCUCAUACACUAUUAUCAUCUUUAUCAAAUUGACCCCAACAAGGAAUCGGUUAAAGAUAAAGUCUGGAAAAAGUUUGUUACACCGUACGAGGAGUGUAUCAAAGCAUUUGGAAAGGAGCAUUAUUAUUAUGGCAUCUACAUUUUCAAAGAUUGUAUCAGCAACAAGAAAGGCGAGAUCCCUGCAAUCACCAAAACAGUCAAUGACGAUGGAUUUUAUCUCAACUUGAAUACCAACAUUCCACUAAAAUACCACACAACUUUUAGCGAUAAAGUAUGGAUACAACAACAAUCAAUGACUUCCACUGAAAGAGCAAAUGAAUUAAUGUUAAUUCACAUGAAAGUUUUGGUGUCAAUCUUGAAUCAAAUCAUUCUCAAGUUUAGGGGUCCAACAAUUCCCAAACCAAGUGAUUUUGGUGACAUCCCACAUUUCAAACAUUUUGAAAACUUUAUCAAGAAGCUCAUUUCAUUGGCCAAGCUCAGCGAAGAAGAUAUCAUCAAGAUAUGUACGAUGCCAAAAGGUUGGGGUAACAUUGUUCACUGUGGUCUUACCAGUGGUAGUGUUCCAAAGGACCAUCCAAUCAUUAAUACACAAGUUAACCUUGAACUCGAUGGAAAUGAACUAUCUACUCCAUCAAAGGAAAAGUUAAAGGAGUUCCACAAUGCAUUCCAUCGUGUGGAAGCUUGUUUUCCCUCGACCACCACCGUAUCAUUCACAAGUACUCCAUUGCACAAGUUUGCCUUGUCAAAUAAUGAUGAACUAUUACCAAACCUUCAUCGUGGUAGGAGUGGUGUCGAAACCACUGAUACUUAUCAAGAGGUUUGGGAUAACCUUGAGAAUAGCCUGAAUCUAUUCUACAGUCAUAUGGGAGAUCCUAUGAAAAAGCAAUCCAUAUUCGAGUUGGACAACAAUCCCAAUCACAACCAUAAUAUGGAACAGGAUGACCACUCUUCAUCCACUUCUACUACUACUACUACAACUACUACUACGACCAGUACAAUUCAAUACCAAGAUGACUCUGAUGAUGAUGAUUUAAAUGGUGUUGAUUCAAAUGAACACUGGAUCCAAAGAAAGAAACAAAGAUUUGACCAACCUUUCCACAAGGAACAAGAAGAGGAUUAA